UGACAAGUGUCAUGUCAUAGUUAUGACAAUGUCAUGUCAGUCUUAUGAACACCCCUUCAAAUAAAGUGUUACCGCUAGGCUUUAUGUCUACUCACACGGCGGCCUCAGGGUGAAUCCCCUCACGCUAGACAAAAUGAAUAAGAUGUCGUCGGAUAUACGGAGCGCGGUCGGAUGAGUGAGAGAUCUCGUGGUUGGACAAAAUGAAUAACUGUGCGAUGAGUCACCCGCAGUCAGUCAUCCUACCCCCCUUUUUUCUCUCUCUGACUCACCGAGAGAGCAUGGAUUGUCCGACCGAGGGUGAGUCGUCCAACCGGCGCCUCCUUUCCACCCUCUGACUCACCGAGCAGAUAUGGAUUGUCCGACCGAGGGUGAGUCGUCCAACGGGCGCCUCCCUCCCCACUCUGACUCACCGAGCGAGCAUGGAUUGUCCGACCGAGGGUGAGUCGUCCAACCGGUGCCUCCUUUCCACCCUCUGACUCACCGAGCAGAUAUGGAUUGUCUGACCGAGGGUGAGUCGUCCAACGGGUGCCUCCUUUCCACCCUCUGACUCACCGAGCGAGCAUGGAUUGUCCGACUGAGGGUGAGUCGUCCAACCGGUGCCUCCCUCCCCACUCUGACUCACCGAGCGAGCAUGGAUUGUCCGACCGAGGGCGAAUCAUCCGACCGGCUGCCAGGUUGGCGAUGAGUCACCCGCAGUCCGCCCCCACACUCCUCUAUUCUAUCUGAGUGGGAGAGCCCGGUGGGACAAACGAGACGUGGUUGGACAAAUGACAUGCGGUCGGAUAUAGGGUCUCCGGUCGGAUGAAUAAGGUCUGGAGGAGGCGGAGUUGCUAGCUGGGAUGAAUCUCAUCCAAUCCAGUUCGCAUCAUCGGUGGGAUGAUUCAGAUUUGUACGGACCUUUUAAGGUCCUCCUCAGUGCAUUAAAGCAGAAGAGAUCAGACUGUGCUUGGUUCUCCUCAGAAACAGAUCUCUGCCUGCUUGCUGAGGUUUAAAAAGAUGGAGUACAUGACAAUGGUUAUCCGAUGGAACCGCGUGCUACAGCAACACAUCAAUUUCCCCACAGUAGGUAGUGGGUGGUAUGUGAGCAGGUGGACGCGCGCAGAAAAUGUGAACCAGCAUUUGACGGUUAUUUGCGCUCAGCUAUCCAGUGUUGAUGUUCAGGCUUAUACAUUCAAACUGCUCAAAAUAAUUAAGAAGCUAUGGGCGGACCCGGUGUUAAAUCUAAUGGCCAUGGAAAGUUUUGAGGCUUUGUUGACAGAGGAACAACCGUCUUCUUCAAUUUUCAACUCAUAUAAUGUCACGCGCACCGAGAUUCAGCUAGGAGUUAGCUUCUACGAACAUGUCAUGAAGACAGUGGCAAUGGUGAAAGAGUGCAAUUGGACCAAAAGAAAUGAGCUGACCAUUGCGGACGAUAAGACGAUGUUUAAGCUGUCCUGCAGACAUAAACCUCACAGCCUGCUCGUAUUGAUCCCGGGGUAUGUCACCAACAUGAUCACAGUGCAAUGCACCGAGCCCCAGACGAUAUACGACCUUAUGCGGAAGCAUGGUCUCCGUUGCUCCGACGUCUGGAAUUCUGCAGUGUGCCUGUCAGCGAGGUCUCCUUGCACAGCACUGACCGACCACAUGAUGAAUAUAGUUUUUGUGAACAAGAUCUCAGUGGGGUCCUCCUUCAAUUCUCCAUCUGAUAUCUCCACGUUCUACCACAACAUGAAGCACAUCAAAGUGCGUGCCAGACGAGAGGCGCUGAGAUACAAGCCGUACAUCCGACAUUUCCACAGCAGUGGGGGGGCUGCGUCGCUCAAAGAGAACAGGCCGACAGAGGACUUAAUAACAGUGGCCCUUUACUACGAGGAUACCAUGAGUAAACUGAGCAGCGUGAUCGAGGCCGACGGUCGAUUCGUCUCUAGUCACGCAAUAGAAGGACAUUGCGGUGAAUACGUCGUAGAGCUGGAGCAGGACAACAACGUCAUUCUCACAGGUCCAACACGUGCCGAAGGUGAGAGGGACAGUGAAACCGAGGAAAACGAUCACCCCUUUGUCUGUUUCUGCUGCAACCAAAUUUCUGACUACGCCCUGCCGUGUGGACAUUUGUGUUGUCAGACUUGUUUGGUCACCCUGCAAAAACCAGAUAUCACGUGCGGUGUCUGCAGAGCCAAAUCGCUCCAGCACUAUGUCAUAAAGGAGACCCCAGAAUUGGAUCCUGAAUGUCAGGCAUGCGGCAAGGUAAAACAUUGGCUUGCUGGGUGUGGACAUGUAACAUGUACAUGCAACAGCAACAGAUGUCUUGUUUGCAAUCGUCCAAUUACAGUACUUCGAAGGCUGUUUUUAUCCACUUAUCAGAUGUGAAACCCUUGAGGCUGUGGAAGCGAUUUACUGUGUUUUUGUACAUUUUGUGAGAAUGACACAUUCAUUGUACACGAUUGUAUUUCUUUGUGCAUUUUGUGAGAAUGACACAUUUCUCUACAUGACACGAUAGUAUAAUCGCCCUUCAAUAAAUAAACAAUUACAACAAUGAGACACUGUACAUUUUGUGAGAAUGACACAUUCAUUGUACAUGACACAAUAGUAUAAAUGACCUGUAAUAAA